CUCAAAUAGAAACUUACCACUGCAAAAGGAAGAAGUGACAUUAUUUCAUAUUCAUCAGCUGUGUCUGAACUUUGCCGUUUGCACAACCAUUUUGAAAGACAAGAGAAAUGAACAACACGACCUGCAGUGUGAAUGGGACAGCACCUUACCAAUACAUUUUCACUGCAGUUUAUACUGUUGUGAUGGUUAUUGGUCUGCCGUUCAACGGGAUCUCUCUCUGGAUUUUCUUGAGAAGAUAUGGGAUGAGGUCUCCUCCUGCUGUUUUCAUGACCAAUCUGGCUACUGCUGACCUUCUCUUUGUCCUGUCUUUGCCUCUGAGGAUCUAUUACUAUGCCACUUCGAAAUGGCUCUUUGGAAAAGUCAUGUGUAUGAUCAUCGAGAUGUUGUUCCGGUCUAAUAUUUUUUCCAGCACUUUCUUCAUUACCCUGAUCAGCGUGGAUCGCUUCCUGGCUGUGGUUUAUCCUCUGAGGUCCCGGGCAAUUCGCACUGUGAGGAUAGCUGGCACGACAUGCUUAGCAGUCUGGGUUUUCACCAUGAUCCUCAUCGCCAUCUGGGCAAAAAAACACUAUGAAAGCCUGGCUAACAAUUGUGGUUGUUUUGAGAGUCAUUCGGCGCAGAACAAAACAAAUAUAUCACCAAUGCCUUUGGUGUUAGCCAUUUUUGUAUUUCUUCUGCUUAUAUGUAAUGUAUUCUGCACAGUGAUGGUUUUGAAAACUCUGCACAAGACACUGACUGGUCAGCUCCUGGCUGAGAAGAAGAAGCUUAUGUGGUUGUUUUUUCUGAACGUCUUCAUGUUUGCUGUAUUUUUUGCACCAUUUAGCAUUGUACUGUUUUUAGCUUUCUAUCAAGGCACUGUCAGCAGAUUGACUUUGAGGUUUGUAACAUGCUUUACCAGUAUCAACUUCUGUCUAGAUCCAGUCAUCUAUUAUUUCUCUCUAGAGUCUUUCUGGGAAAAGAAAGAAAGUGUGGAGAUGGAUACAACUCGCACUCAAAAUGACGUGAAGAUUCACACAGUUACUUGAGACAAAUGAAUGAUUCUGUACGUUUAGUUAGACUUUUUUAAAACCAAAGGACUAAAAAUGAUGCAAAGUAAGACAAUAGUGUGAUUUUGGUAUCUUUAAUGCCAAAUAAUACGAAUUUAUAAGGUAUGACAUCUUAUUUUUAUGUCAAAAAUCCAUGUUAAAUGUGUAUUUUUCCUUAUUUCAAAUUUUCACAUACAUACUGCA